AUGGGAUCAAAUCUGAGUAAGGCUUUAAGCAGCCUAUGGAAGACGAAGGAGCUACGCUUGCUCAUGCUUGGAUUGGACGCUGCAGGGAAGACUACAAUACUCUAUAAGUUGAAACUGAAUCAAUCGGUGACAACGAUACCAACCGUAGGAUUCAACGUGGAGACCGUCACGUAUAAGAAUGUAAAAUUCAACGUUUGGGAUGUUGGUGGACAAGACAAAAUCAGACCACUAUGGAGGCAUUACUAUACAGGUACACAGGGAUUAGUGUUCGUUAUCGAUUCCCAAGACCGCGACAGAAUCGAGGAAGCUAGGCAAGAGCUGCAUAGAAUACUUGGUGAUCGUGAAAUGAGGGAUUGUCUGUUGCUGGUCUUUGCCAACAAGCAAGACUUACCAGGUGCUAUGAGUCCUGCUGAAGUUACUGAAAAGCUCGGUUUGCAUAAAAUGCGCGAGCGUAGCUGGUACGUGCACCCAUCUUGUGCAACUACAGGUGAAGGAUUGUUUGAAGGACUGUCUUGGUUAUCUACCAACGUCAAAAAGCGCACACAAUAA